CAGUAAAGGGAGGCACAGGUUUCCGGCCUGUUUACCGAAAACACAACUCCAGUCUGAAAGACGAAGAGGAGAAGCUGCUUCUCGUAAAUAAUUCACCGGCUCAGCUUUCACAUAUACAGUCAUUAUCUACCAUGCUCUAACGAAUCACUAGUUUAUAUUCCAAGAGUUGGUAGUUGCACUGAAAUGGCAUCUGUCCACUGAACUGCUCUGUCUUCAGCCACUGCUAGCACCAAGCUUUGGUGUGAACACUUACCAGUGAAUGAGACCCCACAUCACCAUGGAAACAGACACAGAAGUUAUUCCUAUCUGGCAGAAUAAGCCUCAUGGAUCUGCACGUAGUUUUGUGAGAAGAAUAGGUUCCACUCUUCCACUCAGACCUCCACAAAGGGCAUGUUUCCAGGAACUACCGGGCCUGCCCGCUCUUCGGCCUAUGGCUGGCCCUAUGGUUCCUACCUUGGCAGACAUAGCCUGGAUUGUCGCAGAUGAAGAAGAGACAUAUGCCAGAGUGCGGAGUGACUCUCGUCCUCUGAAACACGAAUGGCGGCCCACGCCUCUCCUGGUGCUCCACAGGAACUCAUCCGUACCCAACUUCCGCCGUGAGUGCAAAAGGGUGGAGGGGCUUAGGAAGCCUGGGGUGACGGCGCUGAACCGCACUACCGCCCUGCAGGACGAGCUCGGCAGACUGCGUGCACAGAUCGCCAAGAUUGUUUCAACUGAUUCUGGCUCCAACCCUCUGACCCCUGACCUGCUCUCCCCUGACGACACUAGCAUGAGCUUCUCCAUGGCGCCUUUCGAGACGGUACCGUACCAGCCGGCCGCCACGGCUGCCGCUUCCUUUGUCAUCAGUGAUGUCACGGAGGAGGAAGAGGAGGAGGAGGAGGAAGACGACGAUAGGAUCUCUGUGGUGUCAGAGCUUGUCCCUGACCCUCUGCCGCCUGUUUCCAUGACGGCAUCAGCGACCUUUGACCUGGACAGACCCAGCAUGGACUUCCGGGAGGCAGAGGAGGAUACAGUGUCUCUGUCAAAGUCCACCAGCUUUGCUGAUGUCAUGGACAUCCUGAAGGACAUGAACCGCAUGAAGAUGAGCAAAGACAGGUACAACAGAGGCUGUACGUCCCUCAGAGAGGAGGACUCAGCCUCUUUGAUUUCAGAAGCUCUGAGGAAAAAGUUUGUCCUGAAGGAAGAAGAUACUGACGCUGUGAAACGAAAGUAGCCUGACCACGUGUUUAUCGCCAAUACCCGAUCCUGCUGCUCCAUGCCUUUGCCUGUGGAAUAUGUACCAAUGGAUCCACAACCUUGCUCCUCAGACCCAAGGCAAUAGUCGUCUGCCAGAGCUAGAACAAAAAAAAAAGACACUUAAAACCAAACGUAAACCUCACAGUGCUGGUGCAGUGUGAGGGGCAACAGCAAACUCUUGAUAACAGUAAUCUGUUUCAGCACUACACUGCAUAAUCUUCUCUAUUUUAUGUCUCUGAAAUAAAGGCUUUUACAUUUCUUUUGAAUAAGGACUCAACAGGCUGCUGUCUAGAAACUUGCUCUGUGUCCGGGCUGUUUGGAUUUUUAGUUACAUUUGCAUUAUUAUGCUUUAGCACAUUUGGGAGUGGCCGACAUCCAAACGAUUAUAACAUGUUUGGACUGAAACUAAAGAAUUUCUCUUUUUAAAAAAGACCCUUUUCCCAACCUGCUAUAAAAAGAGUCCUUUGUUCCUUUUGAAUUUUCCACAGAAGAGAUGCAAGUAAACUUAUUUUUCAGUUGUCAUGAAGUCUAACAUACUUGAAAAUAUUUUGUGUACAAAUGUAACACUUCGUGUGUGUGUGUGUGUGUGUGUGUGUGUGUGUGUGAGAAAUAUAACUUCAGAUCUUCGCUGUUAUUAUUUGCAUUACAGGUCUGAGUUUGCAAAUGUGCACGGCCUCAUAUACAGUAUGUUUCACUGCACCUCUUAUGCCUGUCCUCUUCUUUGUGAUUAACAUGUAGCUUGAGAGUCACUGAACCCCAGGACAACCAAACUGAGGGACAAGAAUAUGCUGAGGAUAUGAGAGUGAGAGUGAACUGCGUGGUGUAAAAAUGAAAGUGUGUGUGACUGAAAUGCGCACCCAUCAAUCGUUUGUGUCUCUAGUAAGGGCAACGAUGGAUACGAGUGUGUACAGGUCUUUUUUUUUAGACACACAUUUCCCCCCCCGUGUAGAUCGUUCUUAGUACUAGCUGAAACCACCUUUUUAAUGAUGUGUCUUAAUGACGCAACAUUAAAGAGGUGAUCCCAGUUUAGGCUACUAAGCUCUGUGUAUCGGUGCUUUUACAUCAUUCUGUAUGCAGAGCUUUGACAAAAAUGUUAGUUUAAGUCACAAUGAUUCAGAUGAAUAUUGUAGUUGACUCCUUACCACAGAUCUAUUGCCUGUUCCAAAGCCUGAUUUUUUUAUUCGCAUAUUAGUCCAAGUGCCAUGGGUUUGUUUGACUAAGCCAACUCCUCAUUGCCUGCUAUUUCCUGAAUGUGCCCUCCAUCCUCUUCUUUAUAAGAUUCCUGUGUUUUUAUCUCACAAAUAUAUCAGUUUUGUGUGUGUGUGUUUGUGUGGUAAUGCUGAAUGUUUGUUAAAAAUAACUUCUCACAAGAAAAGACUUGCUGUUAUGUCACUUUACCGCCACACACACGUCACUCCUACUCAUCACGUUUUUGCCUACAUGACAGAGUCCUUUAGUGUAGUUUUGCAGUGUGAAAAGUUGUUAUCUGUUUGGAUUGAAACAAGAUUGUGCCCACAUGUGUGUCGCUGUAUGCAAUGGAGUCAAAGUAUGUUUUGUCUUGCUUGAAUUGGCCCUCAACUUGUCAUUAGUGAUCUUCUCAAUUUCCUCAUUAGACACAGUGAUGAAAUAAUAACCCACUAGCUGAGAAAACUACAAUAUGCAAGUUUAAAUAUAUUAAUCGUGUGUCUGUACUUAAGAUGUUGAACCUUACACAGCAUACUCUGCCAACUGCUUCACUAGUCCUGGUAAUAAGUUGAGAGGAGAAUUUAGUUGAUGAGUCUUUGCCACAGAGAAUUUAUUGACUUUGUUUCUCUUGUCAAGUUUAAUGGUUUCUCACCAUUGUACCUCUGUGUAGAGUUGAGCCCACCACCACCACCGUGUGUAUGUUUUUUCUUUUUGUCAUAUUAGGACUUGUAAAUAAAGAUUGGCUGAUGUUUUGAAACUGA